AUGGCGUCCGCAUCAUCCGACGACCUCUCUCCGUUUCUGAGCAACUUUCGGAUCUCGAAUGCGGAGGGCGUCAUGCGAAUGGUGCUCACGCUCGACAGCCUGGAGGAGUCCCGCGCCCUCUCGCUCCUCUGCCGCCUGUGCGCGCUGCUCCGCGAGUCGCCGCACAACCGUCACGCGCUCGCGAGCCGCGGGCUGGUGGGUGCAGUGCUGCCAAUGCUUGCCCGCUUCUCCGAGGCCGUCCGCAUCGAGCUCCUGCAGCUGCUCAGGCUCGCUGGCAUGCAGCGGCUGACCGUGCACGACUCUCGCGCGACGCUUCAGCAGCUGCAGGCCCUCGAGGCCGCGGGCGCGGCGCUGCUGCGUGCCGAGGCGGACGGAUCUCCGACUCAGCGAGCCGUGGCGGCAAGCACUGCGCCGCAGUCGUCGCACGCGGCGGCGACGCGCUGCCUGGAGCUGCUGCGGCUGCUGCGUGACGUGGUCGCCUCGAGCUUGCCGGAGGGGACGCCCGCCGCCUUUUGGGACAUGGGACCGGGCGCGCUCGGGGCGACAGGCCUUGACCUGCCCGCGAGAGCGGCGGCCGACCAGAGCCUUCUCGGAAUCUUCUCGGACCCUUCCUGCAGGCUUCGACUUGCCCGCGAGUGGCCUUGCGCCGCCUUUGGGAUGCGCCACCCCGCGGCCGACCAGCCGCUGGUCAUCUCCGCCGCCCCCUUCAGCCCCGAGGUGCUGCUGCGGCCGGGCAGCUGGCACUUUGUGCUCCUCUCCCUCCGCAGAGGCUCCCUCCUCUCGCGCGACGAAGCGCUCCUCUCCAUCGACGGGCAGCCCGCCGCCGCCGCCGCCGCAUUCCGAUACCCAAACUUCACGCCGACGGCCAACACGCUCGGCGCCACCGCCGCCGUCGGCGCCGCAGCGGGCGGCGGACGCAGCGGCGGAGGCUUGCGUGGUUUGCUCGGGCCGUUCGCCUUUCUCGGCGCGGCGCUCGGGGGCGCAGAGAUGGCGCCCACGUUCGAGGCGGCGGCCGCCGGGCGAGCCUUCUUCGAGCUCCCGCAGAUCGCCGCAGCGUGGCACCCGAGGCUCACCGACGGCGGCGGCGCGUGCGUCGCGGUGACUGCCGAGGGGACGUGGCUGGCGCGGCCGCGCUCAGAGCACAUCUCCUGCGUCGACACGCUCUCUGCGCGCGACUCGCUUGGCGGCAUGCUCCCGCUGUUGCGGCCGCUGCUGCCGCUGCGGCGGCGCAGCCAGCCGCGCGGCGCCGAGCUGCUCCGUGGCAUGCUCCUCCUCGGCCACUUGCUGCGUGCCGCCGCGCCGUGCCACUUCUCGGCCGCCGCCGUCGAUGCGCUCGCGUGCCGUGACUGCCCGCCGCUGCAGCGCGCGCUGAUCGAGUGCGUGCUGCUGCGCUUCGACAUCUGGCGCCGGCUCGCCACCGACGUGCGCUCAGCGCACCUCUCCCUGCUGACCGCGCUGGCUGCAUCCGACGAGGCGUGUAUCCUCUCGUCCGAGGCUUUGGCCGCGCUGGGCGCUCCGCCUCUCCUCGCACACGUGCUCUGCAGCGGCUCCGACGCCGCCGGCCAGCAGGCCGCUCUCGAGCUGCUGCUGCAGCUCGCCGCGCUGCACGAGGCCGCCGCGCUGCCCACGACGGCUGCGACGGAGCUCUUUCUCCGAGCCUUCUCGGAGCCUCCCUUCAGGCCGCCGUGCUGCCCGCGCUGA